GUUCACCUGAUGAUUAUUACCAUGCCGAUUAUGGCACUUAAGCGCCGAUGAUAUCUACUAGCACGUCUUGAAACACUAGACGAGUCGCUCCCUACAUCCCCCACUCCCUCGAAUAUGACUGUAGUCUCAAAUGAUCCCAAUUUUUGGCCGAUAAUUAGUUCGAAUAUUUUUUUCACCUAUUCAAUGGGCGGUUGCCGCCAGCGUCGCGGUGGUGUACGAUUGGGGUGAGCAAGACAGUGUUCGAAAGCCGCUAAUAUUCUUAUGAUAUAUCCAGCACUAACCCUCGGACAAGAGAUUGAACUGAUUUGGAGGCAACGUUGGUCUAUUAUGACUAUGAUGUAUCUGGUUAUACGCUAUGUUGGAAUAGUACCACAUUCUGUUGUCAGCGUCCUACCAAAUAUGCCAUCGGUCUCGCUGACAGAUGCAGUGAGCAUUGUUAUGGACUAUAUAAUAAAUGGAACAAACAUUAUCGUGGCUGCCAUGCUGGGCGUCAUCAUGAUUUCUCGGUUGCAUGCCAUGUAUCAGAGAUCCAGGAUGAUGCUUAUCUUCAUUGUUAUUAUUUUCUUGGCUGUCAUUAUUGCCUAUGGAGUAAUUGCGGCAAUAGAACUCGAGCGCACCACAGCAGAGGAGCUGAUACUCUCUGGCACAUAUAUGUGCAAAUAUGGAUUUGAGGAGGAUAUCCAGCCUCUGACCUCAAUGGUUUGCAUGCUUAAUAUCAUCUGGGAGGUCCUUGCACUGUGUCUUGCAGUCUGGAUUGCUGUGAAACAAAUUCGUGACCUGCGACGACUCAACCGAUCGACAGGAUCGUCCAUCGGGGACUGUUUCAGAGUGCUGAUAGGAUCUCAUGUGCUUUAUUUUGCGAGCUUUGCUAUCGUCUCUUGCCUCCAGCUUGUUGUCAUCUCUCCGGAGCUCAAGAAUUCGAAUUCUAUGGGAGCUCAGAUACUCUUUGGUACUCUUCAAAUUUUAUAUGACGUGCAGAUGUUCGUGCUGGGACCACGCCUCAUCCUUAGCGUUCGAGAAUAUUAUGCUAAGCUCGUGGCCGACUCCGACGCAGAAACUAGCAUGACUUCGAUUGUCUUCCAGGAGCGUGUACAUGUACUAACUAACAGUACUGUGCAGGGAAAUGCUUGUUGAGUAUUCUGCAUGGGAAUUUGUCGUGGUAUUUAUCUAACAUAUGGUAUUUCGAAGUAUAUUUGAAUGGUCUAGGCAAACCUAUUUCUUGUUGGAUCACUAUUACUGGAACUCAGCGAACCGUUCAUACUAAAAUACAGCGUGAAUCAGUAUGAGUCGCCCAGACAGCUAAUACCACGACUGAGUCGCACUGCAGUAACGUUUACCAGUGUAAAUGCAAAACACGGUCCUUGCAAAGCUCUACUCCAUCCUGCUAAGCA